CACGGGCAGCGAUCACUUCACUUGACAUGCUUCUGUGGCACCACCCCGUCCGACAGUCCUGACCAGAUUAGCUCCCACUCGGCGAGCCACUCGUCUCGCUUCGUCGCACGGACCAGCUGAGUGGCGACCGCUGCUGGGCCUUCCUCGCCGCGGCGUAGCCGUCACGGCCACCCGCCAUGGCGAAGCGGAAGCAGCGCAAGGCCAAGGCUGCUGCUCAAGCCGCCCCCGCGCGGACAUCUGAUGGCUCCUCUGGUGCGACUAAGGACCAAUCAAAGAGUGCCACGCAGGCGUCUGAGUUACCGACCAGCAGUAGCGAUAGCGCCUCCGAGACUGCGCAAGCAGCCUCCGCUGAUUCCGUUGUGGGGUCGGAAGUUUCCGCGGAAGGUUCAGCGAUGGCCGAGGGAGAGGUUGAGCCGCUGGCUGGCGGCGCCAGGUGUCAUCAUCACAAGGGCUUAGAUUUGAAGAAGUUCACUCGCGAGCUGAAGAAGCGCCACGUGGAUGCAUGCGAUCCGUGCAGCCAGCACAGCCACAGAAUGGCUGGCGGCAAGAAGAAGGAGCAGGCGGUGCCUAUAACGGGUACGGCGGAGGAGUCCCUCUGGGUGUGUCUGGUGUGCGCGAGGGGGUUCUGCGGAGAUGCGGACAUGGCGGAAGGGGACGCGGCUACAGGGCACAAGGAAGGGGAAGGGCAAGGAAUGGGCGGAGAUGCGGAUGCGCACGGGCACGGGCACGCGAGGCAGCACUGGGGGCAGCUGAGGAGCCACGCGCUGAUGGCGCACGCGCAGUCCAUGCGCGUCUGGUGCUUCCGCUGCCACCGCUGCGUGCUGCUGCGCGCGGAUGCCGCCGAGUGCGCGCACGCGGAUUGCGCAGACCACGAUCGCGCGGAUAGCGCUCCACUCGUGCAUGCGGAUGGCGCCGAGCGCGCACAGGCGGAAGAACUUCAGGUGGGGGAGGGGGCGAACGAGGGGGAGAAGGAGGGAGAGGGGGAGGAGGACGGGGGAGAGGCGCGGACUGGCACGACAGCGAAUGCUGCGGCUGGCAGUGCGAGUGAGGGGGGGAGCGCUGCUGAAGGGAGCGAGCACGCCCGGCCAUGGGCGGAAAGCCUUCCCCCGGACCAUCCGCUCCGCGAGUUCCUCCUGUUGCUGGCGGAGAGGCGCAGUGAAGUGGCGCGCGCAAAGGCGGAGGAGCAGAGCAAGGGGGGGAAGAACGAUGGGGAAGGCGGGGGAGCAGCGGAGGAGGAAGGGGAGGGACGAGGGAAGGCGAAGGAGGGGCGUGGAGCAGCGGGUGGCGAGGGGCCGGUGCGGGGGUUGAGCAACCUGGGGAACACGUGCUUCUUCAACUCCGUCCUGCAGAACCUCGCCGCCAUCCCCGCUCUUAGAGACCACUUCCUGGCCAACCCCGACCCGCCACGUGUAGAGGCGCCUGCGCUGGGUGAGACGGGGGCAGAGGGGCGGGGGAAUGGGGGAGGGGGUAACGAGGGGAAGGAUGCGGAUGGGGGGGAUAAGGGGGGUUUAGAGGAGAAGGGUGGGGAAGGGCGGAAGGUGGGAGGAGUGAAGGCGAAGGGGGCGAGGAAGAGAGACAAGGGUCCCAUCAGCACUGCGCUGCGCCGAUUCUACGAGGACCUCAACCCGGGCCUCGCCGCUGGGGCUGCUGCUCCUCCUGGUGCUGCUGGUACUUCUGUUGCCACAGGCAGCCAAUCGGGGGAGAGCAUAUGCAGUCCGCGCGGCCACGUGGCAAGGGGCAAGGCGCUUCAUUCGCGGAGGUCCACAGCACGGGCGGUGGGGGGAGGGAAGCGGGGCGCGGGGGGCAAGCACGGCAAGGGGGCAGCGGGGAAGAGGGCGCAGCAGCAACAUGAGGGGGAGGGGAGGGCGAAAGCCCCCCCUUACAAUCCGCGGGAGCUGUUUGGCGCGGUGUGCAGCAAGGCCCCGCGGUUCAGGGGGUACCAGCAGCAGGACAGCCACGAGCUGCUGCGCUGCCUGCUGCAGCUGCUGCAGGAGGAGCAGGACGGCUCCGCUGCCAAGGCUGCUGCCGCCGCUCGCAAGAAGAAGCGCCAGGCGGCCACCGCUGGCCCCCCACCCGCUCCUCCAACCCCGCCUCCCCCUCCUGCCCCUCCUCGUGCGCCUCCUCCCCCUCCCCCUCCCACCCCGCCACCGCCGCCCCCCCCUCGUCCACCCUCCGCCCCCCCACCUCCCCCGCCUCCCCCAUCCAUGCCCGCGCCUAAUGCAGUGGGAGGGGCAGGGGGGAAAAAGGAGAGCGGACAGGCGGAGGGGAAAGGGGGCGUGGGGGGGGCGACGGGGUUGAGUGCUGGGCUGGGGCUGGCGAUGGCUCGGCUAAGGCGAGUGGAGGGAGGGACUGCUGCCGAGGAGGUGCAGCGAGUGAGGGAGGAGGAGGGGGAGGAUGGGGGCGAGGGGAUUGAGAGCAUGGGAUUGGGAUGGCUGGAGGGGGAGGGCAGUGGGGAGGAGGGGCGAGGAGGGCGAGGGAGGGAGAGUGUGGUGGAGCGGCUGUUCGGCGGGGUGCUGAGCAGCACAGUGGUGUGCUGCCACUGCGCUUACUCCUCCUCCGUCCAAGAGCCCUUCCUCGACCUCUCCCUCCCCAUCCCUGUCGCAACCCCACCGCCCCCAUCCCCCCGCGUGUUCCUGCCAGUGCGGGGCAGCCGCAAGGGACACGCGGAGGGGAAGGGAGUGGGGAGGGAGGAGGGGAGGGGGGAGGGGAAGGCGGGUGGGAAGGGAGAGGAGAAGGCAGAUGGGAAGGGAGGGGGGAGUGACGAGGGGGCUGCAGCAGGGGGAGAGGAGGCGAAGGCAGUGGGAAGGGGAGAGGAGAGAGGAGAGGGAGGGGCGUUUGAGGGUGGGAAGGGGAGUGUGGGCGAUGGGGAGGCGAGCGGGGGAAGCAGAGAGACUGGGUCAGGCAGCAAUGGCAACGGUGGCAGCAGCAUCAGCAGCAGCGAUUCGAAAGUGAGGCAAGCGGAUGCAGAGAAGGGCGAGGACGGGGCAUUGGCAGGUGAUGUGGCAGGUGAUGUGGCAGGUGAUGUGGCAGAUGAUGUGGCGAGGGGUGCAGCAGGUGGGGCAGAGGAAGAGGAAAGGCCAGGAGCAGUGGUGGGAGGGGAGGGGAAUGGUGCAGGGGAUGGUGGACAUGUGGGCAGCAGCGCUGGUGGAGGAGGGGGUGGGGAGAGUGCUGGUGAGGAGGGGAGCGCUGGUCAGCAGACAGGUGCAGGUGGGAAGGGAGGGGAGGAGCAUGGGGCCAGAAUAGAGGAAGGGGAGAGGGAUGGGAGUACGAGGCAGGGAGGCAUCAGCACAGUGAUGAGAGCGUGCAGUGGGCCCGACUCCACUGGCAGAGCGGACGACGCUGGCAGCAGCAUCACCGCCACAGGCAGCAGCAGCGGGGGUGAGUGUGCGCCUAGCAGCGGCACCACUGUGGCAGGCGCACAGGAGUGUGGCGCGACGAGCCCCAGGAGGGAGAAAGCGAGUGUGGGAGAGAGUGAGAAAGGGCGGGGAAGAAGGGUGGGAUUUGAGUCAGAAGAGCAACAGCAGCUGCAGCAGCGGCUGCCUGCACGCAUGUCGGUGGAGGGGUGCUUGUGGGAAUUCAGUGCGGAGGAGGUGCUGCGGGGGGACGACGCGUGGGGCUGCGAUGGCUGCACUGAGAGGAGGAGGCGGGAGGAGGUGGGCAGGCGGAGGGAGGAGAGGAGGAGGAGGAGGGAGAGGAGGAGGGAGGAGAAGGGGGAAGUUAUUGAGAAGGGGGAUACAGAAGGGGGCAGGGGAGAGGGGGAAAAGAGUGUGGUUGUGAGUGGGGGGAAGGCGAGAGGUGAAACGGAGGGUUUAGGGUCAGAUGCACGUACAGCAGACAGUACGAAAUCAGCGAAUGAUGUGACUACAGCGAAUGAUGUGGCUGCAGCGAAUGAUGUGACUGCAUCUGAAUUGGCUACUACAGCAUCCAGUGUGCCAGCACUAGUGGAAUGGAGUGGCAGGGAGCACGAGGGCAAUGGGGAAGCAGUGGGUCAAGGGGGUCAAGGCGUGCACCACGAGGCUGGUGCUGGUGGUCACAAUGAGCAAGGGGAGGAAUGGGGGGCGGAGGGAGAGGAGGGGGAGGAUGAGGAGGAGGAGGAGGCGGUGCAGGUGCAGAGGGUGCGCGUGGAGGCGCGGAAGCGGUACCGGGUGCGAAGGGCGCCGCCCCUGCUGGUCAUCCACCUCAAGCGCUUCCGCCACGACGCCAAGGGCCGCCUCUCCAAGAUCAGUGGCCACGUGGCGUUUGGCGAGUGGCUGGACCUCAGCCCCUUCCUGGACGAGCAACAACCACCCUUGCCGGCCACAGGUACCACGUCGGCGCCAUCAUCGUCAGCACCACCCCAGCCUUCACACGUACCGCAUGCAUCUCUAGCCCCGCACACAGGUGGCGAGGUGCCAUUGCAGUGUGGGGUGGGGUCCCAGUCCCAGUCCCACCGGUACCGGCUGUGUGGGGCGGUGGAGCACAGCGGCACCAUGCGAGGCGGGCACUACGUGGCCUUUGUGCUUCGCGGCAGGCAGCAGCAGCAGCAACAGAAGGAGCAGGAGCGGCAGCAGCAGCAGCAACAAGAGGCUGGAGCGGAGCGGCAAGGCAGUGGGCUAGCAGAGGUGGGAGUAUGCAGUGGAGCAGAGCUGGUGCACGCAGGUGGGGCAGAGGGUGGAGGGGUUGCAGGGCAGGGCAGUGUGGCUACGGCACGAGGUGAUGGGGUGGUGGGGAAGGGGCACAGUGGGAAAGUGGGGCAGGAGGAAGUAUCUGGUGGGUGGGAGGGUGGGCGGUGGUGGUACAUCAGUGACACACACGCCCAGGCAACAACACUGGAGCGAGUGCUGCGCUGCGAAGCAUAUCUGCUCUUCUACCAGCAUGUCGAUAGCUAGAUGCCACGGUUGAUUAAAGCCCGCGUCUCAUAUUUCCUACCGACCAAAGGUAUUACCUUUGGUGGGGGGUUCUGGUUGGGGGGCGAGGGGCGAAAUUUUGAAAGUGAGUGGGCGAGAGGGUUGCGACAAUUUUGAAAAUCGUUGAGGGUCCAACUUUGACGAGGCUUGGAGUCUCGUAUUUCUGCGGAGCCGUAUUACGUUUGGUUUGAGCCAACGGAACGUUGAGGUCGUGGAUGGUGGGGGUCAGGUUCUCAGAGUUUCGCAAGCAGUUGCGAUUUCAGUGUUGGAUUUUGGGCCGAAAUUUUCUUGUGUGAGAUGUUUCGGUUCCUGAUUCCAUGCAACCAGCCCAGUUUCCGAAAACUCGGUUAUUACAAACGCGUCUUCGGGUUCGCUUUGCUGAGGUUGUAUAUCUCUCUCGCACUCACUUGUGAGCCCUCGCACAAAGAGAACCUACGUUACCUAGUACCAAGAGUAUUACUUUAGGAAAUAUGA